AUGGACACAUUCCGCUUCCGCCUGAACUGCAUCGACCACUACCAAGCCAACCCCACCGAGCUUGAUCCACCGUUACAGCGCAGCUCAGGGCCAUCACAGCGGCACAAUGGACCUCAGGUACCCGUCAUACGGGCGUUCGGCGCUACAGAGACCGGACAGAAGGUGUGCGCUCACAUCCACGGCGCGUUUCCAUAUCUAUACCUACAGUAUGACGGGGAUCUGAGCGCCGAGGCUGUCGACACCUACAUCCACAAUCUCCGCCUCUCCAUCGAACAUGCCCUUGCAACUUCCUACCGCCGCAACCCCUACGACGGUCGCAGCGCAUUCGUCGCCCACAUCUCACUCGUCAAGGGCGUUCCCUACUACGGCUACCACAUCGGCUACAAGUUCUUCCUCAAAGUCUACAUCUUCAACCCGCUCCAUAUGACCCGACUAGCCGACCUCCUCCACCGGGGCGCUAUCCUCAACCGACCGCUGCAACCGUACGAAAGCCAUCUCCAGUAUCUUUUACAGUGGAUGUGCGACUACAAUCUCUACGGCUGCGCGUACAUAGACUGCGAAAAGGUCAAGUUUCGCGGCCCUGUACCGGACUGGUCUGCGCUCAGCAGCACGGUGCAUAGAUGGCAUGAUCAGAGUAUACAGCCUGAGUGGACUUCUGAAGCUGAGCAGUUCCCGCGGCAGAGUCAUUGUUCGAUUGAGGUUGAUGUCUGCGUAAGAGACAUACUUAAUAGGCGUGAAAUUCAGCCUCGGCCACUACACCACGACUUUGUCGAGCGCUUCAGCCAUCUGGCGCCUGGUGAGAGGCUGGUGCAUUCGAUGGCUGGUCUGUGGCGGGACGAGACAAUAAGGAGGAAGAGGAGAAUGGGUAUCACGGAUCCGAGUAGUAGCCCUUUUCCACCCGACGUGCUGCUAUCGAUGUCCGCAGAUCCGAGGAAUACGGAGACCGGCGGAUGGAUUCACGAGGAAGAGUUUAAAGGUAUGGUGCAAGGGUUGAUACAGGAGGAGCGUGCGAAGAUCGGUGAUAGGAAGAUCGGCUUCGAUGAUUUUGUCAGUCCUGCGUCUGUGGAGGACAGGAUACAAACAGCGCUGGAGAGCGUGGAAGAUCUCUUUCCGGAGAAGUUGCGUAAUUCUCAGGCGACCCAAGCCGCCAUUGAUGACGAGUUUGAUGAUGAGGGAUUAGGUGGCGACGAAACUAUCCUGGUGGAGGACAGCCUUCCUAGGAUAGCUAGUGACGACAUGACUUACGAUUCUAAUGAGGACACAGCUCGGGAGAUUGCGUUGACGCAGAGAAUACAAAAGGGUGUUUAUGCAGAGGAGAAGCAGAGCUUGGGCGAGACUAUUGAAUACGAUGACGAGCUUAAGCCGGACGAGGAAAACUAUGGGGAGCAGUUCAAGGAUCCGGAAGAUCCUGUCACACUUGCUACAAACGGUGCCGCUAGCCAGGCAGAGAGCCCCCGGAAGAUACGCCAGGAGCUGGACCAUUAUGAGAAGUUAAUGGCUCGCUCUGCGCAAUCUUUACCCCAGGGACCUACAACUACAGUUUUCAAGCGGAGCUUAGAGCCGAAAGAUAGCAGCCCCAGCAAGAAACGAAAGGUGUCCCACGUCGGAGCUCUGCAAAUACCUGAGACUCAGUCUCGUUACAUAGGAAGCCCGAAACGGGCCAGAUCGCCUCUCGCGAGACAGGCGGAGUUUGAGGACGGAGUAACCGAUGCUGACUUGCUCGGUCUAAGUUCGCAAAAGAGCAAUGGCGAUGGCUUUGGCGUACUCAGCCAAUCAUCCCAGCGCAGCAUCAAAGCGCAUGGCUCCAAAGGACCGAAUACCCUGUCUUUCCCUGUAGUCAAGAAGACGAACGAGACGGAUGAGAGUCUGAGACUGAGCCAGCGGGCUGGCUUCUCGAAUUCGCAGAAGUCACCGCGGAGGUCACCGAAGACGCCUGCGCCGAAGACCGUCUCGUUCGAGACACCAACAACGGACUCCCCAGUGACGCCGUGGACUGAUCAGAGGCUUACCUCGACAAGCACAAGCGAAGACGAGCCGAAGCAUUCUGCUGAAGCAGUACAGCUAGCGGCCAACAUGGCUUCUGCGUUUGGCGAUGCGUCCACUCAUGGUGAUCGAGUCCUUUGCUACGGUUCGCUGCCUCCCAGUGCACAGACAGUGGAAUUGACCAUGCUGGAACUAGGCUUGCCACCGGUCAUCUACCAGGACGCUUACUACAGCGACGAGAAAGACGUUCCAGACCGGCCACGUGAGUAUGCGGCUCGAGAGUUCAAGCUGGAAAGUAAGACGGUGCCAUAUCUGCCCACGUUUGAUCCUACAGGUACAUCGCCAGCCAGUUUCGGCGAGAAGGCUCCGAUUGUCGUGGAUAAAGCGAAAGAGGAACUCAGCCACCGCCGCCGAAGGAAGCAAUGUACACUGCGCAACUGGGAGAUUGCUGCUCCUCCUCCGACUUAUGCGGAGGUUGAGGAGUGGCUGCGGAACGAGAAAGAGCAGAAGCCUACCGCUGGGAAGGGCGAGAUCGAUUCUGAGCUGAUCGCGCAGCCCCUAGCCAAGUCCUAUCCUCCGCCUGAGCUAUCUCAGAUUGACGGACCAACUCAAAAGAAUAAGCAUGGUUUCAGGGACUCGCAGAAGCAGAAGUCCAGUGUGCAACAUGUGACGCAGUACAUGAGUAUUAUGAGCCUAGAAGUACACGUUAACACUCGAGGCACGCUUAUACCCGAUCCGGAGCACGAUGAGAUCUCUUGCGUCUUCUGGUGCGUCCAAUCAGAUGAUGAUGCGCACGAAAAUGACGGGCGACCGCACAUUGGCAUACUGGCUCUGUCUCCAGAGGACGGCGUAGCCAAGAAGAUCGCACGCCAGGUCUCCAUCGAAGUCGAGUACGAAGAAGACGAGCUCGACCUCAUCAACCGCAUGGUCGACAUCGUCCGCUCCUUCGACCCGGACAUCCUGACUGGCUACGAGGUCCACAACGGCUCCUGGGGCUAUAUGAUCGAGCGAGCAAGGUUCAAAUACGAGUACAAUCUAUGCGACGAGUUCUCGCGCGUGAGAUCACAAUCUCAUAGCCGCUUCGGCAAGGAGGCGGACAAGUGGGGCUUCAACCACACCUCGACCAUCCGCGUCACAGGAAGACACAUGAUCAAUAUCUGGCGCGCCAUGCGCAGCGAGCUGAACCUCCUGCAGUACACUAUGGAGAAUGUGGUCCUGCACCUCCUGCACCGCCGCAUCCCGCAUUACUCCUUCCAGGAUCUGACGGCGUGGUACAGGAGCUCCAAACCACGGGAUCUAGCCAAAGCCAUUGACUACUUCACCACACGCGUGCAGCUCAAUCUCGACAUCCUCGAAGCUAACGAGCUCGUCUCCCGCACGAGCGAGCAAGCGCGACUCCUUGGCGUCGACUUCUUCUCCGUCUUCAGCCGCGGCUCGCAGUUCAAGGUCGAGUCGCUCAUGUAUCGCAUUGCCAAACCGGAGAAUUUUAUCCUCGUCUCCCCCAGCCGGAAGCAGGUGGGCCAGCAAAACGCGUUGGAGUGCCUGCCGCUGGUCAUGGAGCCGCAAUCGGCGUUCUACACGAGCCCUGUGCUCGUGCUGGAUUUCCAGUCCCUGUACCCGUCCGUUAUGAUCGCGUACAACUACUGUUAUUCAACAUGUCUCGGCCGCAUCACGAGCUGGCGCGGGCAGAACAAGUUCGGAUUCACGGAUCUCAAGCGCGAGCCCGGGAUGCUGGAGCUAGUAAAAGACUCGAUUAACAUCGCGCCGAAUGGAAUGAUGUAUGUGAAGCCCUCGCUGCGCAAGUCGCUACUGGCGAAGAUGCUGGGCGAGAUCCUCGAGACGCGCGUCAUGGUCAAGAGCGGCAUGAAGGCAGAUCGCGACGAUGAGCCUUUGCAGCAGCUCCUGAAUAAUCGGCAGCUGGCGCUCAAGCUCAUCGCGAAUGUUACAUAUGGCUACACUUCCGCUUCCUUCUCCGGCCGUAUGCCCUGCUCCGAGAUUGCGGACUCCAUCGUCCAGACCGGCCGCGAAACGCUCGAGCGCGCCAUUGCGCUCAUCCACUCCGUUCCUGAGUGGGGCGCAGAAGUCGUAUACGGUGACACCGACUCCCUCUUCGUACACCUUAAAGGCAGAACCAAAGACCAGGCCUUCAUCAUCGGCCAAGAGAUCGCUAAGGCAGUCACGGACACCAACCCGCGCCCCGUAAAGCUCAAGUUCGAAAAAGUCUACCUCCCCUGCGUCCUCCUCGCCAAGAAGCGCUACGUCGGCUUCAAAUACGAAACUUCCACACAACAGGAGCCAGACUUCGACGCCAAAGGCAUCGAGACCGUCCGUCGCGACGGCACCCCCGCAGAGCAAAAAAUCGAAGAGCAGUGCCUCAAGCUCCUCUUCCGCACGUCAGACCUCAGCGCCGUGAAAACUUACUUCCAGAAACAGUGCGCGAAGAUCAUGCACGGUAGGAUCAGCAUCCAGGACUUCCUCUUCGCGAAAGAGGUCAAGCUGGGUACAUACUCCGACCGCGGUCCCCCACCCCCAGGGGCGCUGAUCGCCACGAAACGCAUGCUCGAGGAUCGAAGGGCGGAGCCGCAGUAUGGCGAGCGCGUGCCGUAUGUAGUCGUCACUGGCGCGCCGGGCGCGAGGCUCAUUGAUAGGUGUGUGGCACCGGAGGUGUUGUUAGGGGAUGAGCAGGUGGAGCUGGAUGCGGAGUAUUAUAUCGGGAAGAACAUCAUCCCUCCACUCGAGAGGAUUUUUAAUCUCGUCGGGGCGAAUGUGAGGCAGUGGUUUGAUGAGAUGCCGAAGGUGCAGAGGAUCAGGCAGAUCAGCUCGCUGCCGGCGGGGGCGAAGACGCUGGAGAAUUAUCUCAAGAGCAGUUUGUGUGUGGUGUGCCGUGCGAAACUGCCGCCUCCGCCGCCCAACCGGUUCGCAGCUGUGCCGCCGCCACCGCCAUUGCCGCUCUGCGACAAGUGCUCAGCGGCUCCUAGACGAGCGCUGCUGGCGCUGCGGACGAGGCUCCAGCUGAAAGAGGAGCGCGCCAGGAAUGUCGAUCUGGUUUGUCGCAGGUGCUCGGGCCUGGCGUUUGGCGAAGAGGUGAGGUGUGAUAGUCGGGAUUGUCCGGUCUUCUAUACGAGACUCAAGGAGCGAGCUGCGCUGGGUGCGCUGAGGGCGGGUGUUGGUGGUGUGAUCGAGGCAUUAGAAGAGGAGGAGGGUGUAAGGCAGAGGUUUGAGUGGUAA